AUGGCUAAAAAAGCACGCAAAGCGUUGGAGAAAGAGCAAGCGGCAUCUGCGGCCGCUGAAGCUGAAAGACUUAAGUUGCAGAUGAUUAAAGAUAUGCAAGAAGAGAUUCGAUUGGAAAAGUACAAUACGGAGAGACAAAUACUGCUCGAAGAACAAGAAGCAGCGAUGCGAAAAGUUCAAUUGGAAGAGACAUUGUGCGUGCUUCACAAUUACAAAAAUGCAUUUAGAAAAUAUUUAGCUGCUGCCGAAGAAGAGGAAAAUUGGACUAGAUAUAUGACUUGCGAUGGAUUGCCAGACCCUGGCAGUUUAUCCGAAAUGAAUACUUUUAUGUUUUUGUGGUCAAUGGAAGACGAGAAAGUUAAUAUGGACAAAUUUAUUACAAAAUACAAUAUUAUCAUCUAUUUGUUGACAAAACUCAACGAAAUAAUACGAUUCUCUUUAACAAGCUCACCAGAUUAUAUAAUUGAAUGUAAGAUGAUCAGACAACGAUUUCGUGAUAAGCUUCAAGAAUGGAUAGACGCGGCGUGUUAUUCACUUUUGCGUCAGAUAGAAAGGGAUAUGGUCCGCGAGAGCAUAAAAACGGCGAGAUACACUAAAAUUUCCGAUCAAAUCAGUUGUUGCAUUUGGGCUUUAAUAAAAUUGCCUAUUCCACUUAAACAAGUCACCGAAAAAGAUCGAAAACCUAUUGAAGUUCACUUUGAAGAAAUAGAGUUGACUGUUAAAAUGCCCAUAGACAUAGAUUGCUAUUGUAUGGCGAUACGUGCAUUAUGGGUAAAGUAUGACCAUUACUCUGAUUCCGCGACCUCAUACGUCAUGCCAAAACUACCAGAGGAAUAUGAGAGCAUGUAUUCCAUAGAUUUUUUCAUCUAUUGUCAAAACGAGUAUAAUACAAAAUUGAAAAUACGAGAGGAGCAGGUCGAUGGCCGUCGUCUUCGAAUGGAGGAAAAGAAAGCUAUACUUGAGAGAAUGGAGAAUCCACCAGUCCCACUCCCUACAAAGCCCGAAAGAAAAGGGAAACAGCCAAAGAAGCCGGGUAUUCAAGGAGCGAAACGUCCGGAACCAGAACAGGAACCAGAAAAAUUACCGUAUCUACCUACACCAGAUGAGAUAAUUCUACAAAGAGAAGAUGAAACGCGAAAGGAAAUUAAAAAAUUAUUAUUCACGCGCUGCGAAAAGACGGAAAUAAAUUUGCGAAAAUACAGAAUACUCGGUGGUGCAUUACACAUUGAUUUAGUUUAUCAACCGCCGCAACCCAAGGACAUGAGAAGAAAUAUUACGCUCACCACUUUGCAAAUUCCUAAAGAACUGAAAUCCGUACCGUUUUUCAAGCCGUAUAAGGCGCCGCCUCCGGCACCCGAUUCUGAAAGAACACCGGAAGUAAUCGAAGCUGAAAUGAAAGCUUUGGAGGCCGCAAUGGAGGCAUUGGCUCUAGUAACUUUAAAGCUUCCCAGCUCUAUUAUUUGGUUUGAACCGCCAUUAGUGGCACAUUGGAUACCUGAGAGGAAAAUAUGGUCUACGCAGGAUGUGCACGAUAUCAAGUACAACGAGGAGAAGCAAACUAUGACGUUUAGAACCGGCAGAUUAGGCGUCCACGGCCUCGCUACUUUUAAGUUUAUUAACAUUCCCUUUCAAAGUUGGGAACUUAAACCUGAAAUUGGUAGAAAUGCACGCGGUGGGAUUGUGCUCAAUGUGUCCGCUGCCAUCGUUCAAGCAGAAUUCGUAGUCAGGGAGGACUUGGUUUGCUUAAAUUCGCUGGCUGGUGGUAUGUCAACGGCGCUUAAAGAGAUUAUUGGAGAAUACAUGAAGCUGCAUAUUUUGAUUGAAAAAAUGCGCGACGCUGGAUGCGAUCUAUUUCCAGAGCGAGAUGCCUUCAGCUAUGUGAAAGCUCUUCCGGUGAAGCAUCCGGUAACUGAGAGACAUCUACGAGAAUGUAUGGCUCUACUUUGUACAGCAUAUACAUUCUCCUGGUCCCGCUGGAAUGCUAGUCGAAAUUCCAGAGAAAUCGUGAUACAAUCCAGAGAACUCCAUGGAUGCGUCGCAAAAGAGCGAACGAAUUUAACUCUUUUGAUAACUCCCUUGCGAACGAUGACAGUAUCCUGCACCGAAGUGAGCUCGGAAUUUUCCAAUGUACCGUUAGAUGGUGAGAAUUCGAAGUUUUAUGCUGAUCUAUAUCAAUUGGCACUACAUAAUGCCGGAAUCAAAAGCCGUAUAUUGAUGAAAAACGUCUCCUUCAAACUUGUCAAUACUGUCGCAGAACUUCUAGGUCGUACUAAUGUAAUCAAUAUGUCAUCCUAAGAAUUAAUUUCAAGAGAAACGAAUAAAUGAUAUCUUCCAGUAUACGUGUUUAUAGACUUGUAUCAAAUUUCAUUAAAUGUAAUUUUUACAUUAAAUUGACAUUUAUUCUUCGUUUGCUCGGAGAUUGACUCCACGACUUGUAGAUUUAUAAGGUUUGCUGUUAUUGAGCGUAUGUGUUUGUCACUUUAUUGUAAAUAUUACUAUUUUCUAUCAUAUAUUUAUAAUAAAUUAUAUAAUGUAGUUAUGCUAUGUAUUAGAUAUAUCUCUAUUUGCCACGUUCUUUAUCAUGUUUCAACUUAACAUAUGUAUGAAGACUACAGAUUUAUCUAUAGGGACGUCCGUCGUGAUACUAAUGCUCGUUCUAUAGACUGAAGGAUGAGCCGACUCUCGGUUCAUCCGCCUUUUAUAGUGUACGUGACAUAAACUAUACAUAAACUAUAGAUUUUUACCCGUCUACACCACUCACUCGGAUGAGCUGAGAGUUGGCUUAUCCUCCAGUCUAGAACGAGCAUAAGGCCUAUAUGCGAACAAUAUUCUGUGCGUCUACGGUCUUCAUUUGAUUCGAUAAGUAGUUAUAGACGUCAAUCGUUUUAUCCUCAAUGAAGCAUAAAAUACGCUAUAAAUUUUAGUAUAAAUCGAAUGCACGUAAUACUUCUACUAACAUUUCAGAAAAUCAUACAAUAAAAAGUAAUAUAUUUUUACGAAAGUCAAACUUACAUUUUAAUUCCACGUUUCCAAGUUAUAUAGCUAUCAUUGCUUUAAACGGCUGUGUCGACAGGCAUGUAAUCAGAAAUAAUGCAAGAUAUCUGAAAAUCGGCUUAAAUAAAUUCAAAUAAAAUUAAUUUAAUUUUUAUUUGCAAGGUACAAAACAUAAAAGUCACAGCACUUUGUCUUCGAUACACGGCGAAAACGUGAAUGAGUUUAAGAAAUUGAAUACAGGAAAUGACAUAGAACUUAUCUUAAUGAUAAUGACAUUGAAGGUUGAAAGAGCAAGUUCCUCCAUCCAUAUUAAUACGUUUAUCUGCAUAUAUUGUGAACUACGUCUUUUUAUAAACGAUUGGAACAAUUGUUAUAGUAUACGCAUAUAAUUUCGAGUUUCUUCUUGUAUUAAACAUUAGAAAUACAUUAACAAUAUACCUAUACUCUACUUCUACAUCCAAAUAAUAUUUUAUUUAAUACAUUUUAACAUAUAAAUAUGCAUAAUAUUUAUCAUUAAAACUUAUACUCUUUA